CUGAAAUUUCCUUACCAAGAGAACCUUUGUGAUAUUUUUCUCUUUUAGAAGUUUUGAGACAUCUUAUUAUAAUUUUCAUUCAAGGUCAAAAAUAUGGCUAGGGAUGAUAAGGGGCUUCAUCUAAAUUUCUUGUUUCUUUUGGGUAUAGAAUAUAGAUUUUUCCUUGUCCUGCUUUGUUUUGAUAUUGCAUCUUUUGGUACAAGUCAUCUAUAGGAAUCUUUGAGCUUUCGUAUCUUCACCCAGUUCUUUUUCUUCCUGCCUCUUCUUGAACAUACAUACAUAUAUACAUAGAUAUAUGGGAUGCUGAUUCUGCUGACAUUUUAUAUUUGUGUGAAUAAAAUGUGAAAUAGUAUGAUAAACUAAUAUCUGAAUUGAUUAAUAUAACUUCAAAAUUUGCAGGGAUUGUUACCAUCUUUGUUGAAAAGCCUGAAGCCUGACAUCUUACAGGGAGCAGGCUUACACAAAGGACAUACUAGAGUAUUUUUUGAAUUCAAUAGUUUGAUGUGACCCAUUUUGAUCAGAUCAAAGGCACCUGAAUUCCUGCACUAAAAUUGUGGUAUGAUGCACAGAAUUGUAGCAUAUAAUUUCAAUGAUUCUUCUGCCUCUCAAAAUCAUUAUAGAAUUACAAGUUGCUACUUGUGUAUUAUAUUGUGGCAUAAUAAAGUACUUCUCAGGUGUUUGCUGCAGUAGUUAGUAUGCAAGCAUCACAAUGGUAAAACCACUUUUCAAGCCUGGUUGUACCAAUUUGUAGAUAGAAAUGAUUAGCAAACUAAACUUCAUGUAGUCAACCCCACAUAUGGAAUUAAGGCUUGAUAUGUUGUUUUUAUUCCUUUUUUUUUUUUGUCUCAAAAUUAGCUUGGAUUAUUUGUCUAGGAAUGUGCUUCAACCUGCUUUCCAGAAGUCCUAGUGAACUUUUAAUUGCUUAUUAUUAUUUAGUGUCAUGAAGUCCUAAGACGACACAACACAAUCUUCUUUGUGAAGCUUAGAAAAAAUGUGAAAAAGAAAGUUAGGGUGAAUAAAGGUGCAACAGUACAUCAUGGGUAGUUGCGGGCCUAAUAAUUCUGCCUUUUCCUCUUCUUUUUUGUUUAUUUCAGCUAUGUAUAAUUGUCUGUAGUCCAGGCAACCACAUGUACAUAGUUUGGGAGAGGAUGGUGAGGUAUUGGUUUAUCGUGUAUGUAUACAUACAUAUAUAUAUAUAUAUGUGUGUGUCUGUGUGUCUGUGUGUUUAGACAUUUCAAAGACAUAAGAGGGCCUUAGCUAUACCCACCAUUUGUUCUCUCUUUCUGCAAUGGAGACUUCUCAGCCUCUUUCCAUCGAGAGUUUCUCAUACAGUUGGUUAGUGAACCUCAAGCCAUCUUUUGAAAGUGCUGAUGAUUCACUGAGGGCCUCCCUUGAUGCAUCCGAUGAAGCUUCCUUCAUCGAGAUGGAUCCGAAAUUACCAGCCUCAAAGAGAUUCUUCAGAGAUGAGCUCAUCUCCAAUGGCUUCCUCAUGCCACUCUUCAUCAAGCCACUGAAGAUUGAAGCAUAUGCUGCACCGGACUCCAGUCCAACAACACCGGUCUCUUCCUCUGCAACAACAAAUGCUCACUUGGCCUCUAAGAUUCGCUGUUCAUCAUUAAGAAGGUGUCGAAGAUUAUCAAAGCAAGUCUUUCAGAAGUACUUGGAAUUCAUCAGGCCACUUUGUCAAAAGCUACGAGGGAGGAGAUCUGGCUCCAGAACUGAUGAUGCUGGUACAAGAAUGCAGGAAGUGAACAACUGGAUAUAUUCCCCUGCAAUAUCUCCACGAACAAGUGUCGGUUACUCUGUUGAUUAUUGGCGCAGGUCUUGUGAUUCUGAGAGCUCAAUAUAUGAGGCCGUUCUCCACUGCAAAAGAUCCAUUGGUACGCCAAAUUCCUUCCGGUUUUCGCCAUGACAUUCUAAAUACGCGUUGGAAUUCUAUCGAGUUGCUGACAUUCUGUAACAACUAUGCCAUUUCCCAGGUAAAUAGAUGAGGCUAUUGUGCACAGAAGAGAACAAAGAAAGAAGAGGAGACAUGAUGAGAGGUCUUAAGUUGAUCAUUGGUCACUUGCUCACUGUCCCCUGAUUUCUUUCCUUCCCUUUGAAGAAGAUAAUGUUUGUUUAGAGUAGGGUUCUGCAUAGAUGGUUGGCCAUUGAAAUUGGCAUUUGAGAAGAGGAGAUGAUAAAUUAUACUUUAUUAUUUCUCUUUUCCCCUGUAACAAAUAUUAAACUAUAGAAAUC